AUGGGGCUCUACCAGGCUGAGCACCAGAUUCACCAGCUUCCACUGCUCCACUCCUCUACCCAUGAGGAAAGGGAAACCCUUCUCCUGCGGGCUGCACCACGAGCGGCAAACCGCUCCAGCGGGACCCAGCAAGCGAAUACCCAACCGAGCCCCAGACGCCGCGGCGGCCCCUCGUCUCGGCCUCCCGCUCCCCGCCGGGCCCCGCCGCCCGCGCUGCAGCCCCCGCCGCCCGCGGGGCCUUCCCGGCCGCCCCCCACCCGAAGAAGCCCCCCGGGGCAGGGCCAUCCCUCCGCCGAGCCGGGACCCUGGGGCGGGGGUGGCCGCCGGCAGUGCCGUGACUCGGGGUGGCAGCGAUGCCGAGCCCCGCCGGGCGGCGCGGGACGCGGCGGGGUGCGCUGUCCCCGGGCGGGGCGCCGCGGACCCGCCUGGCGGGCGGAAGAGGCGAGACGAGGCGGGGCAGGGCAGGCGGCAGAGCCGGGCUUACCUGAGGGGCUGGCGGGGCCGUUCCGCUCGGCGCGAGCGGCGGCGGCGGCCGAGAGCGAGCGCGAGCCUCCUCCCCUCGGCGCGGCCCCGGACGGCGCUCCCCCGCCCGCCCCCUGGGAGCAGCCACCUCCCGCCAGCCCCGUCCCCGGCAGCAGGGGCCCGGCUCAACCAUACCGAGGGGAGGGAAAGCGGGGAGUCCCGCUAGGGAGACACGGGCUGCCCUGCCCAGACCUCCAGAGCCGGCGCGGCCCCGGGAGGCCGCGGGAGGACCCGUGGAGGGCCGGGUUCCUCUCUCCUCAGCCGCUUCUGCCGUCAGGGACGCGGUCCUGGUCCUUCCCUCCUGCACACCGAAGGGGUACGACCUGUCGUCCCGCUCCUUCCCGCCCGCCACGUGUGAGGGACGCGGUCCCGCUGUUGUCCCGCUCCCUCCCGCUUGACUCGUCUAUGAGUAGGGGGUUGUUCUCCGGCUCCUUCCCGCCUGCCGUGAGGAAAGAGAGGGAAUCGACGGCUCUCGCAGGACACGGGCCAUCGGUCCCAGGCUCCCACCCGCUCCCUCCCGCCAGCCCCGUCAGGGACAGGGGCUGCCGGCCCCUCUGGGCUCCCGCCGCGGUGGCCCCGGCCCGGCCCCGCCGCCCCUCGCACCUCGGCCCCGCUGCCGGUUCCUCCCUGUCAGAGCUGUCCCUGCGCUGUGGCGGGCGGCGAGGAGAGCUCCCGCAGCCCCACGAGCAGCGCCUGCUCCGGCAGAGGGGGCUCUCUCGGAGGGGGCCGUGA